GUGUGUGUGUGUGUGUUUGUGUGCGUGCGCGCGUGCGUGCACUUUCUCACAUGAACCGGCCCGGAACAUUUGGUGCCGCAGCCUACGGCAGCCUCCAGUGUGUGUGUGUGUGUGUGUGUUUUGAAAGCGCGUUGAGGCAACUAACGUUGUCAUACUGCGCGAUGUAGCCUAUCAGAGGUGUGUUCCAUGGAACGCAAACAUCCCUUGCGCGAAGAUGUCAUGCUUUGAAUGAUGUCACAAUGGAACUAAGAGGGCCUUCUCUGGAGGGCAUUCUUUACCAAAACUCAUAUCAAAUUUGGAUGGACUGGAUAGCCUCGUGUGCGGAAACUUGUCUCCAGUGCUAAAAUAGAAAGAAGCCGUUCAAGUCCAACUGGCGUAAGCCAGUAUGGCAGAACAGGGCUUAUCAUGGGAAGAAAUCCUGGACCUCAAAAUGAUGCGGGAAAAAGUUUGGCUUAACGAAAGAAUAAAGGAGAUGCAGGCCUUCAUUUGUAAAGAGGUGGAAUACAAGGUUAUGAAUGCCCAUGAGUCAUGGGAAGCCAAUGAGAAGAAACACAAAAAUCAUGACGAUGAGAGAGUUGUAAGAACUUGUCAAGACUAUGCAGAAAACAUGAUGGAAAAGUGUAUCAAUGAGAAAGUAAAAUGGGAGGAGAAGAGGAUACAGGACAAAGAGAGACAUCUCGAGGAUGAGUGGAAAAAGAUGGAAGCAGAGAGAAGCAAAGUGGAAGAAAUGAAGGUAAAUGAUAGAAUCGAACUGGAGGUCCUCAGAAAGAGACUGAAGGAGGGAGUGGAAAAGCUGAGAGAGAGUGAGACAAUGGAAAAGCAGCGAAAGAAGGUCCUUGGUGAAGAGAGAGACAAUGUUGAGAAAGACAGGAUAAAACUGAGGCAGGAGAGGAGGGAAGUAGCAGAACUGAAGGCUGAACUAGACCAACGGAGGCUGGAGCUGGAAGGCGUCAGACUGCAAGGAGAAGAGGAGAAGAGAAGGUUGAAUGAAGACAGAGAGAGAAUGAGGAAAGAACAAGAGCAACAUCUGAAGGAGUUGGUGAUUCAGAGGGAGAAACUCGAACAGAGUGAGGUAGCACUCAAGGAGAAGGCAGCACAGAAGAAAGAGAAGUUUCUCCUAAAAAAGCAGGAAUUAGAGAGUGAGCGUCAAACAAUUGAAAAUGAGAAAAAGAAGAUGGCUGAAGAACUAAAAGCGGUGCAGGAAAAAGUGUACGUCCUGAAAUCACAACAACUGGAGGAGGAAGGACGGAGUGAGGUGCUGCGAACUCAGGAGGCCAUUAACAGAGCAAAUGUGGAGCAAGAAUGGAGGAUGUUUGAGAUUGAGAAAAGGAGACAGGAAGACCAGCUGCAAGAUGAGUGGAAAAAGAUGGAAGCAGAGAGAAGCAAAGUGGAAGAAAUGAAGGUAAUUGAUAGAAUCGACCUGGAGGUCCUCAGAAAGAGACUGAAGGAGGGAGAGGAAAAGCUGAGAGAGAGUGAGACAAUGGAAAAGCAGCGAAUGAAGGUCCUUGGUGAAGAGAGAGACAAUGUUGAGAAAGAUAGGAUAAAACUGAGGCAGGAGAGGAGGGAAGUAGUAGAACUGAAGGCUGAACUAGACCAACGGAGGCUGGAGCUGGAAGGCGUCAGACUGCAAGGAGAAGAGGAGAAGAGAAGGUUGAAUGAAGACAGAGAGAGAAUGAGGAAAGAACAAGAGCAACAUCUGAAGGAGUUGGUGAUUCAGAGGGAGAAACUCGAACAGAGUGAGGUAGCACUCAAGGAGAAGGCAGCACAGAAGAAAGAGAAGUUUCUCCUAAAAAAGCAGGAAUUAGAGAGUGAGCGUCAAACAAUUGAAAAUGAGAAAAAGAAGAUGGCUGAAGAACUAAAAGCGGUGCAGGAAAAAGUGUACGUCCUGAAAUCACAACAACUGGAGGAGGAAGGACGGAGUGAGGUGCUGCGAACUCAGGAGGCCAUUAACAGAGCAAAUGUGGAGCAAGAAUGGAGGAUGUUUGAGAUUGAGAAAAGGAGACAGGAAGACCAGCUACAAGAUGAGUGGAAAAAGAUGGAAGCAGAGAGAAGCAAAGUGGAAGAAAUGAAGGUAAUUGAUAGAAUUGACCUGGAGGUCCUUAGAAAGAGACUGAAGGAGGGAGAGGAAAAGCUGAGAGAGAGUGAGACAAUGGAAAAGCAGCGAAAGAAGGUCCUUGAUGAAGACAGAGACAAUGUUGAGAAAGACAGGAUAAAACUGAGGCAGGAGAGGAGGGAAGUAGCAGAACUGAAGGCUGAACUAGACCAACGGAGGCUGGAGCUGGAAGGUGUCAGACUGCAAGGAGAAGAGGAGAAGAGAAGGUUGAAUGAAGACAGAGAGAGAAUGAGGAAAGAACAAGAGCAACAUCUGAAGGAGUUGGUGAUUCAGAGGGAGAAACUCGAACAGAGUGAGGUAGCACUCAAGGAGAAGGCAGCACAGAAGAAAGCGAAGUUUCUCCUAAAAAAGCAGGAAUUAGAGAGUGAGCGUCAAACAAUUGAAAAUGAGAAAAAGAAGAUGGCUGAAGAACUAAAAGCCGUGCAGGAAAAAGUGUACGUCCUGAAAUCACAACUACUGGAGGAGGAAGGACGGAGUGAGGUGCUGCGAACUCAGGAGGCCAUUAGCAGAGCAAAUGUGGAGCAAGAAUGGAGGAUGUUUGAGAUAGAGAAAAGGAGACAUGAAGACCAGCUGGAGAUGGAGAGGAAAAACAUAGAAACCCAACGACUUCAACUGCAGCAGGAGAAGAGAAGUAUGAAAGAGGAGGCCACUAUGAACAAAAAGAAGAUGGAGAUAGAGAAAAGGAGGAGUGAAGAUGAGAUGGAGGCCCAACAACUGCAACUGCAGGAGGAGGAGAGGCAGAUACAAGAGAAGGCUGCUUUGAUGAAAGCGAAGAUGGCUGCAGAAAUGAAAGAGAAUGAGGAAGAAUGGGAAAAGAUUGAGCAAGAGAGAAGAUCCUUAGAAAGAACAGUCAGAGAGAUGGUUACCCAAAGAAAGAAAGACCUUGAGGAUGAAUGGGACAAUAUUGACAGUGAGAGGAAGGGCAUGGAAGCAAGACUUGAGAGGCAGAGACAAAGACUGGCAAAGAUGGAGAAGGAGCACUGGGACGAACUGGAAAAGGAGGAGGAGCGAAUUCUGGACAAGUUGAACGCUGAAAAACGAAAGAUAGAAAGACAGAAAAAAUGGCUCGACACAGAGAGAAAGGAAUUAGAUUCCAGAAUAGAAAUGGAGAAAAGAGACAUGGAAAUUCAAAAGGAAAAGCUGGAGGCAACAGAGAAGAGACUGUUGUACAAACAUGCACUGAGACAACAGAGAGGUGCCAUGAGAGAAAUGGAGGCGGAGGAGGAGUGGACGGACAUUCAGAGACAAAUUGAAUCUGAGAAACAAGAAUGGCUCAAUAAUGAUGCAAAAACAUCAAUGGAACCAGUCAGUGACAUUGUUAGUUGUUCUAUGGAUGCAGAUGAGACAUUCCCAAGGAAACCAAAGGCUGGGAAGGGGGCAGAAUAUGAAAAGCAAAAACAUGCUGUUGAACUCUCCCCCUCGGACAGUGAUGAUGAUCCUUGUGAUGGUGAUUGGGAGGCUACUCCAGAGCUCAGAAAGCCCAUGUGCAACAUUGCUCUGAAACAAAUAGUCAAAAUACAUCUGGAAGAGGGUCCAGUUAUGACAGACAGUCCAGUUAAAAAUGAGGGGACUGAUCAAGACAAAACACAGCCAAGGUCAAAUGUUGAGAUCACUGAUUCACGUGAGAGAUCUGAUGACAAUGGCAAUGGCAUGCAAAAUAUGGCAUCAGCUGAAACCAAGUCAGUUGGAAACUGCAUUCAAGCCUCAAGUCCAAGUGUUGACAACAAUUCUGCACUGAAAAGCAUAGAACCCCGAACACAAGUCCAGCAGAUUGUUACUGACAAUUCUCCAGUUGAUACUGAUGUGAAUAAGUCUAAAUCUGCCCUUGUGGUGGAGACCUCGGAAAAGGAAAUUAUACCACUGAAGAGUGAGGGAAUAGACAAGGACAAUGCAAUCAAACAUCUGGAAAGUGUCCCAGCAAAGAAAGAAAAUGAUGUCUCUGACCAGGAUCAUCCUCUUUUGCAACAGAAAGCCAGUGGAAGUAAUUCACAGUCGAGCACUAUCAUUCCAAAGACUUUACAAAAGGACACUGUGUGCACACUAUCCCCAAACACCAUGGAUGAGAAACCUGCAGCAAACCCAUUACCACCCAUGACAGCAGCCAAGAGUGAGUUGAAUCGAAACUGCGCUCAAGAUAAUACUGCUGGUCAAAAGGAAAAUAGUAGCUUGGAAGAAAGCUUGGCACCCCAGAUACAGGUUCAGGGGACUCCACAGCCCCUGAUAGAUGACAAUGCGUCCGGGCCAUCUCCAGGAGAAAUGGAUGGAAAGCCUCCAGCAAACCCACCAGCACCCAUGACACCACAGCCUCAAGGGUCUGUGACUGAAAUGGAUCGGAAUGACUCUAAACCCAGCCCUCUGGUGGACAGAAAAGAAAAUAUACCAGAAAACGGUGAGGGAAUGGACAAGGACAUUGAUAUUGAACAUGUCGAAAGUAUCGCUGCAAGGAAAGGGCAAGUGCUCACCACUGAUGGUGAAAUGAAGGGAGAUGCAGUGGAAGAUGAGUAUUCUCCUUUCGAGAGCAAUGAGAACGACUCACAUUUGGUAGAGGCUAAAAUAAUCCCCUGUGGCACAGCUGUGGAAGAAAGCUUGGCACAGCAGAUACAAGUUCAGGGGACUCCACAGCCCCUGAUAGAUGACAAUGCGUCCGGGCCAUCUCCAGGAGAAAUGGAUGGAAAGCCUCAGCAAAACCCACCAGCACCCAUGACAGCACAGCCUCAAGGGUCUGUUACUGAAAUGGAUCGGAAUGACUCUAAACCCAGCCCUCUGGUGGACAGAAUAGGAAAUAUACCAGAAAACGGUGAGGUAAUGGACAAGGACAUUGAUAUUGAACAUGUCGAAAGUGUUGCUGCAAGGGAAGGGGAAGUGCUCACCACUGACGGUGAAAUGAUGGGAGAUGCAGUGGAAGAUGAUGAGUAUUCUCCUUGGGAGGGCAAUGCGAAUGACUCCCAUAUGGAAGAGGCUAAAAUAAUCCCCAGUGGCAGUAAUUCGCUGUCGAGCACAAACAUUCCAAAGACCCUAAAAAAGAACACUGUGUGCACACCAUCCCCAAACACAAUGGAUGAAAAACCUGCAGAAAACCCAUUACCACCAAUGGCAUCAGCCAAGAGUGAGUCGAAUGGAAACUGCAUUCAAGAUAAUACUGCUGGUCAAAAGGAAAAUAGUAGCUUGGAAGAAAGCUUGGCACUCCAGAUACAGGGUCAGGGGACUCCACAGCCCCUGAUAGAUGACAAUGCGUCCGGGCCAUCUCCAGGAGAAAUGGUUGGAAAGCCUCAGCAAAACCCACCAGCACCCAUGACAGCACAGCCUCAAGGGUUUGUUACUGAAAUGGAUCAGAGUGACUCUAAACCCAGCCCUCUGGUGGACAGAAAACAAGUGGUGGACAAGGACAUUGAUAUUGAACAUGUCGAAAGUGUCACUGCAAGGAAAGGGCAAGUGCUCACCAAUGGCGGUGAAAUGAAGGGAGAUGCAGUGGAAGAUGAGUAUUCUCCUUUCGAGAGCAAUGAGAACGACUCCCAUUUGGUAGAGGCUAAAAAAAUCCCCUGUGGCACAGCUGUGGAAGAAAGCUUGGCACUCCAGAUACAGGUUCAGGGGACUCCACAGCCCUUUAUAAAUGACAAUGCGUCUGGGCCAUCUCCAGGAGAAAUGGUUGGAAAGCCUCCAGCCCCACCAGCACCCAUGACAGCACAGCCUGAAGGGUCUGUUACUGAGAGGGAUCAGAGAGAAAUGGUUGGAAAGCCUCAGCAAAACCCACCAGCACCCAUGACAGCACAGCCUCAAGGGUCUGUUACUGAGAGGGAUCAGAGUGACUCUAAACCCAGCCCUCUGGUGGACAGAAUAGGAAAUACACCAGAAAAAGGCGAGGGAAUAGACAAGAACAUUGAUAUUGAACAUGUUGAAAGUGUUGCUGCAAGGAAAGGGCAAGUGCUCACCACUGACGGUGAAAUGAAGGGAGAUGCAGUGAAAGAUGAUGAGUAUUCUCCUUUCGAGAGCAAUGAGAACCACUCCCAUUUGGUAGAGGCUAAAAUAAUCCCCUAUGGCACAGCUGUGGAAGAACGCUUGGCACAGCAGAUACAAGUUCAGGGAACUCCACAGCCCUUUAUAAAUGACAAUGCGUCCGGGCCAUCUCCAGGAGAAAUGGUUGGAAAGCCUCCAGCCCCACCAGCACCCAUGACAGCACAGCCUCAAGGGUUUGUUACUGAAAUGGACCAGAGUGACUCUAAACCCAGCCCUCUGGUGGACAGAAAACAAGUGGUGGACAAGGACAUUGAUAUGGAACAUGUCGAAAGUGUCACCGCAAGGAAAGGGCAAGUGCUCACCACUGACGGUGAAAUGAAGGGAGAUGCAGUGGAAGAUGAGUAUUCUCCUUUCGAGAGCAAUGAGAAUGACUCCCAUUUGGUAGAGGCUAAAAUAAUCCCCUGUGGCACAGCUGUGGAAGAAAGCUUGGCACUCCAGAUACAGGUUCAGGGGACUCCACAGGCCCGGAAAAAUGGCAUUGCGUCCGGGCCAUUUCCAGGAGAAAUGGAUGGAAAGCCUCCAGCCCCACCAGCACCCAUGACAGCACAGCCUCAAGGGUCUGUUACUGAGAGGGAUCAGAGUGAGUCUAAACCCAGCCCUCUGGUGGACAGAAUAGAAAAUAUACCAGAAAACGGCGAGGAGAAAUGGUUGGAAAGCCUCCAGCCCCACCAGCACCCAUAA